AUAAAUUUUAUGUCCAUGAAUCAUGAUGACUUAUUAAGAUUAACUCAAAUAAAUAUAAUUUGUAAAACCAUUCGUCGAUAUUUCGACAGCAAUUUUACUUUAGAGUUAACUGGAUAAAAGGUAUCAUUCGAGUAGUAGACUACAAGCUUUUUUGCUACAAGCUAUUGUUUUGUCUUCUACGCUACAAGUCAAGAGUGCAUGAGACAAUUCAAGGUGAAGGAGUAUAAAGUAGCUAUAGGUAUUAUCCACUUAGAUAUAUCUUAGUCAAUGGUUUUAUCUAUAAACUUUAAGAAGCAACUGAUAAAUAAACAUCCUUUAUAAUAUCUUUUAUGAAGUGAAGAUCGCCAUACCACCCAUUGAGUAAACCACGGGCCACGAUCAUAGAAGAUCUUCAAAGACCGUGCAGUAACCUCAUACUUCAUAGUUCUCACACAGAAUAGAUACAAUGGUUCUUACUUGUUAGUUGUUACUUAGUGAUAUCACUAAGAUGCAUGUAUCACCAAUUACAGAUAAUAUCACAAAAUAAAUAAAUAAAAAUAUUUAUUCUGUGAUAAUAUCAACAAGUUUAAAUAUUAAGCACGGGCCACAGCAGCCGGGCAGCAUAGCCGCCGUAGUGCCGUACAGUCGUUCACCGUUCCACUGCCAUCCGUUUACUAUUUAGUAUUUUCAUGGUUCGAUAGUCGGUGUAAAGAAUAUUUUGAACUUGUGUGAUGUGAAUUGCGAUAUUGUUAAACUUGCUUAUUUUCACUACUUCAGAUAAAUUAGUAUACAUUAAUUAGAACUCGUAAUGGUUUAAAUUAAUUGAAUAUAUUAUUAAAAAAAAUUGUAUAAAUCAAUAAUAUAUUUUGAUGCACAUUCAGUUUUGAUAAUGAUAAAUAAAAAUUAAAAACUAUACUACGUGCGUCUGUAAUUUUUAAUUUCAUAAAAAGUUAUAUUGAACUAUAAAUAAAAAUAUGGAGAGAAAGACUCGUAGGAUGAAAAUGAAGACAGUGGAAAGCUUAGUUUGUGUGGUAAAAUCAGUAGAAAAUCAAUAUACCACUAUUGAUUUACAAAAUGAAACUUCUGUGUACGGACUUGUUAAAGAAGUUGAUUGUGAUAUGAACGUGACGUUAUGUGAUGUUACGCUUACUGAUCCAAAUGGUAACCGAUAUUCCUGUGAUAAUUUCUUUUUAAAAUCAAGAUUGAUACGUUAUGUUCAUCUAUCUCGAACGGUUGAUAUAUUUCAAGCUAUGAAAGAUGUAGUUAGAAAAACAUUUCCUCCUAGAGUAAAGAAACCAAAAGCUUAUUCCUUGAAGAAAAAGAAAAUAAUAGCUAAACAAGAAAAACUUAAAAGGGAAAUACAAAAUAUGUAUAGUAGUAAAGAUGGUACUAAAUCCUAGUUAUAAUAUAUAUUGCGAAUUUAAGAUCAUUUUUUAAUUGUAAAAACAUCAGAUAUGAUAAGACUAGUUUUUCAAUAUAUUAUUAGUAAUAUUACAUUUGUUAUAGUAUUCUCUUAAGAUGCCAACUUAAAAAUAAAGCAGUACAAAUAAAUUUUA